GGGAAGCGGACCUGAUGACGGUGAUGGUGGCAGGCGGCAGCAGCCAGUAGUGACUCCACACUUCCGCCGCUCUCCGCUCCUAACACCGCCUCUCCUCCUCCGGAGCACCGCGGGCAGCCCUGCCGUCCUCCCUCCUCCUCCCCCUGACCCCCGUCCCCCCCCCCAAACACCCUCCCACCACCAGCGACAUCUUCACCGGGACCGCUGUCGGAGCGUAUCCGUGUUGAGAUGCGAGCUCCCCGGGAAACUCCGGAGCCAAACUUUUUGUGGGUCGGACGAGGCGGCGGCCGCUGCUGCCGCUGCCGCGCGGAGCCAUGACGACGGCCGGCAGCUUCGCUGUGUUUCUCUCCUGGAUGUGUUGUUGUUGUUAGUGCGAGAGGAGGUGGAGGGUGGGGGGGGUUGUUGAAGCCAGUUUGGGGGUUUGUUUGGUGAGCCCUUUAAAACGCUGCAGCCCCGCACCUCCGCCCCGGACCCGGAUCCGGACCCGAGCCUCGGACCCCGGACCCUCGGGGGUGGCGCCGUCCGGAGAGGAGCUCCUUCAGGGGGGAGAGUUGCUCCGGCAGGGAUGGGGGACUUCGCCUCCCCCCCCGUCGCCGGGGCCGGGGCCCCCGGCAGCAUGUGCCUCAACAGCGGCAUGGUGACCCCGGCCGUCGCGGGGCCCCCGGUGUUGGGGCCCCCCGGGGGGGGCAUCCCCAAGCACAGCACCGUGGUGGAGCGGCUGCGGCAGCGCAUCGAGGGCUGCCGCCGCCACCACGUCACCUGCGAGAGCCGCUACCAGCAGGCGCACGCCGAGCAGCUGGAGAUGGAGCGCCGGGAGACCGUCAGCCUGUUCCAGCGGAGCCUGGAGCAGCGGGCCAAGAAGUCUGGAGGAGGAGGCACCAAGCAGCCGCAGAGCAAGCAGCCCGACCCGGAGCCCGCGUCCUCCGCGGAGCAGAGGAGCAGCACGCUGAUCGCGCUCCAGGAGACUGUAAAGAGGAAACUGGACAGUGCUCGAUCGCCCCUGAAUGGAGACCAGAACGGCAUCUGUGACGGAGGCAGCUAUUCUCCGACUACCAAACGGGCAAGGAAGGACGGUUCUGGCGGUUUGGACUCACUAACGGGCCUUCCUAACAGCAACACUAACAGCAAUGUGCCACCCAUCUCUCCACUGCAUCACCAAAUGGACAUUAAGCCCAUCCUCAGCGGGCCCAACACUUCUGCCGGAAACAACACUACGAACAGCAACGGCACCCACGCGGGCCGAGCGUCGGACGAGCUGGGGAAGAACGGCGGCAGCCACCUCCCCGACAUGAAGCUGAACGGCUCGCUGGACUUGGAGGACAGCUUCGGCCUCCUCAAGGACCUGAAGCAGGAGCCGCUGGACGACGGGGGAGGGAUGGAGUCGUCCGACCCGCAGUCUCUGUCCAACCAGAACAAACUGUUCUCCGACAUCAACCUCAACGACCAGGAGUGGCAGGAGCUGAUCGACGAGCUGGCCAACACCGUGCCGGAGGACGACAUGCACGACCUCUUCAACGAGGACUUUGAGGACAAGAAGGAGGCGGAGUUUGGCAGGCCGGCGAACAAUCAGACGCCGGGGCCGCAGGAAGCAGCCGGCAGCACGCCGGCGUCCGGAGGAGGGCCAGGGUCGACGGCAGCGCUGCCUCCUCCUCAGCCUCCGCAGGGAGUCCCGCAGGUUCCCAUCGGUUCACCGCAGGUGCGUCCGUCGUCGUCGGGCCCGCAGUUCGCCACGACUGCCAACGGGACGCCUCCUCAGCAGCCUCUCCAGCAGUCCCCGGCCGUCGCCAUGGUUUCAGGCUCGCCGUUGCACAACUGCGUGGCUCGCUCCCCUCAGACUCCGACCCAGGCUCAGAGCGGUCAAGCGGUCUCCAGGCCUGGGAAUGGAUUCAUGAUGAAUCCGGGCCCGGGGGUCAGUCAGGCGGGCUCGGCGGGGCCCGGGCCGGUCAGCGCGGCCCCCGGGGGUCAGCCCGUAGGGCCCGUCACGCCUGAACUUUCUCCAGCGGAGCAGCUAAAAGCCAUGGCCCAGCAGUGUGCCAAGCGGUUGCAUCAGAAGCAGCAGCAAGCGGCUAACUGGUCCCCCGCCGGCGCUCCAACCAGUCCCUACAACUCCGGUCCCUUUAACCAAGACAAACCCAACAGCCCCAUGAUGUACCCACCACAAGCCUUUAACGCACCGCAGGCCCCUUUAGUGGCUGGAAUGACCCCCAACAAUGGGCCUAAAGCGCCCAUGAACAACUACCUCCCUCACAACCACAUGGGCAUGAUGGGACAGCAGCAGCCCGCCGGUCUGAGCCAGAACGCCCUGUCCAAGCAGCAGCAGCAGCAGCAGCAGCAGCAGCAGACGGCAGCCAUGCUGUCGUACAGCAACACCAAACCGCUGAGCCACUUCAGCGGCAGCGGGGUGGACCACAUGGGUCAGAGGAUGACUCCACCCAUGGGGGGGAACAAUCAAGUCAAGAACCCCAUGAUGCCACCUUACAUGAGCGGCGCUGGAGGCGGCGGCCAGGGGGCGGGGCCGGGCCCGACGCAGGGGCCCAUCCCGGGGCAGACGCCCCACCUGAACGAGGAGCAGAAGAGGAUGUUGCUGAUGAAGCAGAAGGUUUUGAACCAGAGCAUGCCGUACUCCAACAUGCAGCCGCACGGACAGGAACAAGGUGUGGUGGGAAUGUCCCGGCCUCCUGGCGCCAUCCCACCUCCCCACCCUGCCGGGGGUGUCGCCUCGGGGGUGGGGCCCAACCAGGGCUCGGGUCCACCUCCCGGCUACAUGGGCAACCAGCAGCAGGCGGCCAUGAUGAAGCAGAUGAUGGCGAUGGAGCAGGAGAAGAGGGUGCAGAUGCACAUGAUGGAGCAGCAGAAGCAGCAGCUCUUGAGAGAGCAGAGGCAGCAGCAGCAGCAGCAGCUGAUGGCAGAACAGCUCCAGCAGCAGCACCUCCCCAGACAGAUGGGCCAGAAUCAGAGGAACCCGUACCCACAAGUCAGCCAGUACCAAGGUCCUCCCCAGGAUCUGGCGUCCAGGAACCAGCCCCUCCAGAGCAUCCGAGCCGCUCGUCUCCUCCAGCAGCAGCAGCAGCAGCAGCAGCAGCACAGUCAGCAGCAGAUGGUCCAGAUGGGUCCGGUUCAGGGACAGGGAGGCUCCGUGGGACCCCAGGCCGACAUGGGACUCCCCUACGGCACCCAGGGCUCCAACCAGGGCUCCCUGUACGGCCUCAACCCCUCCAUGAGCCAGAUGAUCCACCAGCAGCAGCACCAGAGCCAAAGCGUCCAGGCCUCCAUGGGUCUUCCACCGCAGCACAACCCCGGCGGAGGCCCGCCGCGGCAGGGGGGGGCCGGCCCCGGGGUCGGGGGGAUGCCCGGAGGUCCCGGGGGCGGUGCGGCCGCUGGUUACGGAGGGCAGGGUAUGCUAAUAAACUCAAUGACCCAGCAGCCCCUCAAAGGCCCUCCCAACGCCAAAGCCCAGGCUCAGAGACUGCAAAGCAUGCUGGGUGCUGGGGGAGGAGGGGCGGGCGGCUGGCCGCAGCAGCAAGGACAGAGUCUGCAGGCCAUGGGGGGGGCGGUGGGAAGGACUACAGGAGGAGGGGGCGACAUGGGCGGCUUCAGCUCGGCCCAGGGUUACGGGAUGCAGCCAGGUCAGCCCCAACGCAUCGCCAAGCAACACUUUCCAGGCCCGGGGCAGGCCAUGAGCCAGGGCAUGGACCCCCGGGUGGGCAACCCCGCUGCAGGUAUGGGCGGCCCCAUGAUGGGCCCCCACAUGGGGGGGCAGCCCAGGACCAACCAGCCCCGAGCCAUGCUCAUAAACCAGGGGAUGAACCCGGGGGUGAUGGGGCAGGGCAUGGCCGGGAUGGGGGGGUUCGGGCCGGGCCCCGGGGGGCCGGGGGCCGGGGCGGGGGGAGGCGGAGGGGGGAACGGACCCUACGGACCAGGGGGAGUCGGGGUGGGAGGGCAGCCGCAGGGCUACCAGAGGACAGCCAAUCAGGACCUGUCGUCCUACGGUUAUGGGGGCGGGCCCUCAGAUGGGGGGGCCUUCGGCCUGGGGGACGGCCCCGGGGCGGAGCUGGACUCCAGCGACGGCUGGAUGGAGGUGUUCUUCCCGAGCCAAUAGCCGACGGGAACGUUUUUACAGAAGGAGCCAAACAUCGCAGAAGGACAAAUGUCACAGCCUGAGAAAGUAAAACUGCAAAGGAUGACGCGACGAUGACUGGCCACGUUUUUAUUUUGUUAAACACAAAAAAGGUUUUAAAUGAGUCCCCGUGUCCUGUUUUAUGUCUGUGUGUGUUUGAGGUGGACAGAACACUCGUACGUCUGUCUCGUGCAUAGAAACCAAGAACCGGCCCAGAGAUUGAGAGGUGUGUUUCAUUAGUUUUCACUUUGGUUCUCCGUGGAUUGAAUUCUCCUCAUGUUCCGGCGUGUUUGAAAGCGAACCCCGCCGAAGCCGCGGCGCUCCGGCGGGGUUCGAUCGGAAAAACCGCAGACUGAUGAAGUGGAAGGAAGACUCCAUCUCAAGACGGCAAUUUAUUCAUAUUUGUGUGUUUGUGCGGCGCAGCUCUGCGUUCAGAUGUCUCGACUCUGAGGAGCUGAAGUGGUAGAAAGCACCGUCAGCGCUCCCACUUCCUGUCUUAGACACACACAAACCCGCUCACCUCACACUCCUCACUUGAUCUCUUUAAUUCUCCCUCUUGCUCUCUCCUCCCGCCUUCCCCAUCCUCCCUCCAGAGACUCAUCCAUCGCUCUAAACGCUCCUCUCUCUGUUUAAAUUGCGCACAUCACAACACAACAAACGGUGUUCCUCCGUCGUGCCACACAAGCGCACUCUGCCCUCUAGUGCCUUCGCUAGGCAACCGUCCUGGGAGGCGAGGGGGGGGGCGGUCUCUCUGAUCGUUGUCACUUAGGAUGACGAGUGUGCAUGUGGAGGAAGACAAAGGGAGUGAGAAUAGGGGGUGGAUAGGCAGCUAAAGCCACAACUUGGACUUAAAAGGCAUAAACAUGCGUGUAUAAGAAACACAGAGGCAAGCGUCACCG